UCUAAACUGAUUGCUUCUAAGCUUCUUUUUUGGGGAUGUCAAAGGCUUCACCAAUUUGGCUGCCUAUAUUCUUCUUAUUUGCUCAACUAUUUCAUGCAUCACAAGCUGAUCUUGGAACUGCCAGCCAGUAUAAGCCACCAUAUACACCGACGGAGUGUUUUGGGAAUGAUCCAACACAAUUCCCAUCAAGCAACUUCUUUGCAGCAGCAGGGGAAGGAAUAUGGGACAAUGGAGCAGCAUGUGGAAGACAAUAUUUGAUCAGUUGUAUUAAUUCAGUGUUGCCUAAAGCAUGUAAAGCUGGAGAAACAAUUCAGAUAAAGAUAGUUGAUAGGGCAAAAACAUCACAAUCAAGGCCAACUAAAGAAGGAACCACCAUGGUUCUUUCUAAUGCUGCUUUAGCUGCCAUUGCUCUUCCAAAUACACCUUCUCUCAAUAUUGAUUUCAGACAGGUGUAGAAAUAUUGGUACAGGACGUGGGAGUCACAUUCUAUAUAUUCUAGAAAAUCUGACUAAUUAUAUCUAUAAUGUUCUAGA